AUGUUUCAAAAGAUCAACACCAAGUCCCACUCACGUACCGCCCUGCUCAAUCUGGCCUAUCUCCGGCAGAAAGAUACAAAAAGAUACCUCGGCAAUAGUAUUCAAUACAUAACCAGCGGACAACUAUAA